CGGAGGUUCGCGCUCCAACCGGAACCGGAAGUCGAAGGCUGCUGCCUAGUUCAGACGUUGGCCACAAGGUGGCGCCACGGAACGAGCCCGUCUGUCAUCUGCUGCACGCUGGCUGCAGGCGCUUUGUUUUGAACCGUCCCUGUCAAUGAUUUCAUCAAAUGUUAUUCCUACUCGUCUGACAGCUGACAGAAAGUGGUCUGCCCUUGUGCCGUUUUAUUUUAGGGUCAUUUUAUCUUAUUCUUAUCUCGAGUCACCUCGAAAUGUCAGCCCCUCGCCGCCCCGGUCGUGGAGACACGGACGAGGAGCUUAUGAAGCUUCAAGAAGAGUUUCUGGCAAAACAACAAAAGCCAUCUGUUCACAUAAUAAAGAUGAAUCGCACUAAUGAAAACGACGAUCGGAAACCCACCCCUACACUGACGGGUGCUAGCAAUACUACUGCUACACCAUCAUGCUCAUCCCAGCCGACUGAAACAUCCCCUAACAAGGAGUUUGUUACGCCAAAGUGGAUUUCUGAUCCUCGUGCUGUGUACGCCCCUGCCGGACCUGAGGAGACAUCUUCCUUUGCGAAAGAAAACGAGUCCAGCCAACCAAAGAAGAAGAGCCUCUUUGCUCUUCGUAUGGAGAAAUCACGAGGAAAUGCGAAACGAACUGCUGGCUCUGAACAACAAAGUUCAUUACAAGUUAAUAAAUUUGGAGAGCACAGCUACAUUGUCAUGGGAAAGGAAGCUCAAUAUAUUCAUGAGCAGAAUGUGGCCCAGCUUGAGAAGCUGUCAGUUCAAGAAAUUGAGGAGGAGAGACUGAAACUCAUGUCUCAGUUGAGUGCAAGUACAAUUAAGUUCCUCCAGUCUCGACGAAAAUCUAAUCAAAAUGUUGUAAACGAAACUUUGAAGCCUGCACUGGAGACUAAAAGUGAUGCUAAUGUGCCAUCAGCGAAGUCAGCUGCAUUGCCUUUAGAAAAGGAGGCGUCAGCUGGUCAAAAAGCAACUCCGUCAAGGAAGAAAGUAUUCUCUAAUUCUUUUACCGCACCGCAAAGCCCUUCACAGCCCAAAGACCCAGAGACUGAUUUGUUAGCAACAUUACCUAUCAAUCCAGACCAGGCAAAACAGUGGCUUCAUAUGAAUGUUGUUGAAAAGGAUAAACUGGAAUGGAUGAAAGAUUUACCCCCUGCAAGGAAAGCUCCUGGCCCCGAUGAACCAUACGCAGCUAGAUUUGAUUUUCAAGGUCUUCUGUUGCCGUACAACGAUGAAAAGUUGGAGGUGAAUCAAGGUCUACACCACCAUGGGGAUGAGCCGGAAAGGCCCGGCUACACUCUCCAGGAAUUGAUGCAGUUGAGUCGGAGCUCAGUCCUACAGCAGAGAGUAAUGGGGCUGAAUUCCUUAGGAAACGUUCUGCUCAAAGCCCAACUUGGAAUUUAUGAUAAAGUUCUGCAGCAAAAUAUUCUUAAAGAAUUAUUGGAUGCUAGUAUAUUUCUUUUACUCCGUUUUUCUAUGGAUGAUAUAAGCCCCCCAGUUGUCUUUGCUGCCAUGACUGCUAUGAGAAAUCUCCUUUUCAAUGAACCAGAUGAGGCUAGUUUUGACUACUUCCUUGGCUGUGAAGGAGGCCUUCAGAAUCCCACACUUGAAGUUCCCUAUGAGGAGACAGAUGCAAAGAAAAUUCAAGAGCAGAAGGAACAUGAGGCUGAACUGAAAGAUUUUGAGAUUAUUCAGCUAGAUGUAUUGAGAGGAGCAGAGCGCACUAAUUUAAUUGUAAGAUUAGGUUACAUUCUUGAUGUACUUAAGGGGCCUCCUGAUGUAGUAUUGGACUUGCUUCUGAGAAUCGCUCGACAUUCUCGUCAAUUAGCUGAAGCUGUAGUGAGCUGUGGAGGACUUCUGAGAACUAUACGAGACCAACUGCUAACAACCCAUGUUAUUCCAUCUCUAGCAGCUGGUACUGGACAACUGGGUUAUGGUGAGCCUAGUUCUAAAGCCCUGCGGCUGAUGCGUGUGCUUGCUGCUCAUUCUCGAACAAUAGCAAACACUCUUCUUGACAAAUUUAAUAUCAUGGAACCUGUGAUGACUUAUGUCAGCAUGAGUUCACCUGAACUACCUCACAUCCAGGGUUUGGUUAUACAGGGAUAUUAUCUCUGGCAAACCUUUAUGAGCUAUGGACUGGCAUCCCAAAGUAUCAUAGAUUUGUUCCCAAUACUGAUGCGUCAGCUACACUUCCACGCCCAGCAUACUUCUCUUGCUGGACAAGGGGCCUCUCCAUCUGGCCAUGAACUUGCAACUGCUCUCAUUGGUGCUGUAGAAAGAGCGUGUGACAUUGUUCUGUCUGACCACAAUGUUCUUGACCCCAAACCGGUUUUCCAGCUUGCCAAGCUUGUGGUAGAUUGCCAGCGUAAAUGGCUAACCCAAGCAUCAUCCCAAACUUCAGAAAUGCCGUCUUGGUCAGGUGUGAAAAUGUUAGGAGCUACCUUCAACUGCCUAGCAGCUAUUACAAACUGCGCAAGGAAGCAGGAUUUAGCUGAGUCACAAAGUGUGUUAGAAAAGGUAGAAUCUCUUGUUUAUGAGGUUGUCCUUCCCUUUGGUAAAAGUUCAUGUUUACAGAAGCUGCUUGAUAAUUUAGUGUCUUGCUCGUUCUUCCUGAGUUCUUGUGAAAUAGGAACAAAGAGAGACCCUCCCAAUCUCCCUUCGUUGGGUGCUAUGGAAUGGGGAGGGGAGAACCUCCUUCCUGGACUACUUCCUCAUGCUCCCCAUCCUUCUCUGUCUGGUUUGCUGCGUUUCCUGGCAAUAUUCUGUGAAGCCUUUGGCUCCUCCAAUAAGCUCCAGUCCCUUUUGCUUGAGAAUAAUGCUUUAGAUAAGUAUAUUCAAGCAUUGGUAACAAAGCCCCUGCGCAGUUCAAGUCAUUGGUUUUGCCGCCAGGAAGUAUACAUGCUUCACCAUUUAGUAGUUCUCAUUGUGCUUCAGCCAUCACUUGUUCCUUCUGGAAGCCAGAUAAAGUACUCUCAACUGGCCUUUAGAGUGGUGGAUAUGGUACAAGCCAAUGAUAGGUACCUCAUCACCACACUUCUCCCAAUCACUGUUUUUAGUCCUGAAUUUAUCAGAUGGGGGAUGAAUUCUAUUAACACUGAAAAGGAAACGCACUUGAUUGAUGAGUCCCUGGAAAGGUUGUCUUCUAUUGGGUCACAUUACUUGAAUGUACUUGGAGUGCGCUUCUGCAAGGUGCUGCCUCCUGGUCAGCGCAUGAGUCUCACUUCCAUAUCCAAGGGCACUGAGCCUGCACUUCCUGUUGAUUGGCACUUUGCGCCAGUCCUUGUUCUCUAUGGACAGUAUGAUGCGCAGAACCGGGCCCGGUGCUCAGAGCGGGACACUGCUCUUGUGGUGACAGAAGCUUUACAAUUCCUAUUUCUUAUGGAAUGCCUUUGGCCCAAGGCAAGAAGGCCCCUCUCUGUGACAGCCCGAUGGUGCCGUCUUGCCUUAGUAUUUCUUGCUGGUUCUGAUCUAUUUUUGGACAGUGAUGUGAAACGGUACUUGAAAGUUAAUUUGGACCUGUUACUUCUGCAGAGGGACAAAUUAAAUUUCAGGGAAAAUAUACCUGGACUUUCCUCAUUUUAUGAUUUGUAUGGAGAGUUAUUGUUGCAAUUUUCUGCUGUGUCUUAUGGUGACACACUCUUUGGAGCAUUUAUAUUGCUGCCUUUGCAGCAGAAACAGGAUCCUCAGUUGCGUAGAAUGAUCUGGGGCGAAAAUGCUGUUGUUUUGCAUAUACUUUCUACACCCAUUGAUGAGGUGGGUGUCCCCAUGGAAGAAUUUCUUCAACCAUGUGAGAAGGAACCUUCACUUCUGUCGUGUUAUUUGGAAUUUGUAGCAAAAGGCCGAAUAGUUGAAAGACGAUGUCCUGUCCUGUACAAUGUUGCUGUUCAUCAUGUUUCUACUUUUAUCAAACAAUAUUCGGAUCAUCCGUAUGCUGCUCUUCUUCUCAAGAGAAUUAAUCUGAUAGGAAACAAGGCUAUCCAGCAGCUAUUCUUGAAAUGAUAGAUUACCACAACAUGUACAUGUCAGGGGGAAGAGGAAGCAGGACAUCUUUUGCAGUUUUUCAAUUUAUUUGUGAUAUGCAAGUUUCUGGUUCUGCUCAAAAGUGUAAAUACAUGUCAAUAAACCAUCUUAAGUAAAACAAAAA